AACAAACAACAUACACACUGGCUUUUAACAGAAAGAUUGAGAUUGAGAAGGCAACCUUUGAAACUGCCUCUUGGAGACCACUGAUUCCCGUCUACAUGAGAAGGCGGCAUGUGUCUAUAAAUCCAUGAAUCCAUUGGCCAUGACUGAUCCGGUCUCAGAGGACGAUGUCCAGCGUCUCCAGUCCCGUGUGAUCGAGCUAGAAGGGGAAAUGGACCGCUUGCGGGUUCAAAAUCAACGCCUCGAGGCCAAACUGGCUUCCAGUCAAUCGUACACGGAAGAGCUCCGAGUGCAGAUCGAACAUUUGGGCCGCAAAUUGCUGCCGGCCGAACAUUCGACUCGAGGCGUACAAGUCGAUCUGGACCGUGGCAGUCCUUCCCCCGGGCCCGGAUCGGGACCUGGAUCCGAGUCGGGAACGGUUCGGGAAUCGUCGCGUGGUUGGCACAACGGGUCUGGAUCGGAGAGCAUUGUGGAACAAGUGACGGCCGCCGCAUCCCAAGUGGUUCAAAGUCAGAGCAUGGUCUAUGAGGAGACGUCGGGCUUGUAUUACGAUUAUAGUUCGGGCUACUACUACGAUGCCCAACGGGGUCUGUACUACGAUGGCACCCGCGGUAUCUAUUAUCGCUACGAUUAUGAUACCAAAGAGUACCUGGUCCAUGCGACGGUGGAUUUGGAAACGGGGCUGAAGAAGACCAAGCCGAAGCGCAGCAAGGCCCAAGAACGAAAACGACGCCGGUCCGAAAGAGACCAAGCCCCGGAUGAAGCCCAGGAAACCGAAUCGAGUCUGGCGAGGAGUCCCCGGACCGAAAAUGAAGAUGGUGAUGAUCACGAACCACAAGAGAAAGAAGAGGAGGGCGAAGAGGGCGAACUGGACUCGUCCGAAUCCUAUGGUUCCACUUCGGAUAGUUCUAGUACCUCCGAAGCGGACACGGAGCCACCCGAAGCGAUCCCGCCAUGUAUCCGCAUGGUAGUGGUUCAAUCCGAGGUCAUGACUUGUGGCGAAUUGUUCAUCGUUACAUGCAUGGGUGGGUCCGUGGGUCGCGAGGGCGAGCAUGAUGUACUUUUGGACGAUAUUGGUUGCAGCAAGAGUCACGCCCGGAUCACAUAUCAGGACGGCAAGUUCUACUAUCAAGAUCAAGGUAGUACCAAUGGCUCCGUGAUUAACGAUCGCCGUCUGAAAGGGGAUGAGACCCGUGAAAUCGGCCAUGGCUCCCGCAUCACGAUUGGCACCACGGGUUUGGUGUGCCACGUCCAUCCCGGGAUUCAAACCUGUCUCGAGUGUGAGCCCGGCUUGAUGAAAACCCCUAUCGUCACACCCCAAGUGCCCAGAGAGUCACCCGAUCAAUCUCGGAAGAAAGCCAUGAAGGCCAUUCGUCAAAAGUACGGCAUAAAUCAUGCCAAUACUCAACCGCCCGAGGCUAAAACAAACGGCCCAGCCCAACCUUACCAAGAUCGGGCUGGAUUACGUCGAAAAACGGUGGGCUCAAGUCAUCCCCACGCCAAGACCGAAAUGGCCGAUGCCAAGACUUCCAUUACCAAAAAGAACAAAGGCUUCAAGAUGCUGGCUCAGAUGGGUUGGACCGAAGGGUCAGGUUUGGGCAAGACAGCGCAGGGUCGAGUGGAGCCCGUUUCUGUCGAGCAAAGGGUGGAACGAUCCGGUUUGGGCGUGGAUCCGACCUUCGUGGGGACGAACGCUCAAACCCGGAAAGAAAAGGCCAAGCAAGACAUCUUGAAGAAGACCCAAGAGCGUUAUCAAAAAAUCAAUUGAAGGAGGGCAUCCGGUUCGAGGGUAUCUGUGAUGGCUCUCUGAGAAUAUUCUUCGUAUCUUUCUUUUUUUGAUCAAUAACCAUUGCUCUUUUGUGACAUCUCAAUCUUAUCAAGGUGUUUUUUUAACAAAUUUUCGUAAGUACUCA